CGGCUGACCCUGAGCAAGACCUUCUGCGGGUCAGCGGCUUACGCAGCACCCGAGGUGCUGGAGGCCGUCCCCUACCAGCCCAAGGUGUGCGACAUCUGGAGCCUGGGCGUGAUCCUCUACGUCAUGGUCUGUGGCGCCAUGCCUUACGAUGACUCCAACAUCAAGAGGAUGCUGCGCCUCCAGAAGGAGCACCGCGUCCACUUCCCCCGCUCCAGGCACCUGUCGGGUGAGUGCAAAGACCUCCUCUACCGCAUGAUGCAGCUGGAUGUCCGCCGGCGGCUGAACAUCGACGAGGUCCUCAGCCACUCGUGGCUGCAGCCCAAGGCACAGGACCCGUCCUUUGGAGCCAUCACCAAUGAAGGGGAGAGCUCCCGGGGCGCAGAGCCCUCGUUGGACCCCUGAGACCGCUGAGAAAAAGUCCGCCACCAAGGUGGAGCUCCGGGAGGAGGCCCAGCCUGAGAGGCGGUCUGAGACAUGUCGAGACAUCUCAAGGGCCGGGGUCAAGGCAGAAUGGUCCCAUGGGAUCGUC